UGGAAAUUUGGCGUUCUGCAUUGAUCUCAGAUAUGAUCAUCCCGUUCCUCCUCGCAAUCAUUCACGGCUGGCUUCGCUUGGGACGUUCCGCAACUUUAACGACCACUGCCGGGCUCCCCGCUACUGACGUGCCAACGCUUGUGAAACAUGGAUGUACUGGGAAUACUUCCCGGUGCGAUACGACGACGCGCAGAGGCGAGUAUCGCGGCCUAAAUGCGGGGCCUCAUACUCCUGAAGCCUCGCAUAAGUUAUCGCUAUCGUCUGGGUUCCGUAGCAUCUCUGAUUAGUAUCCUUCUUGUACAGCAUUCCACCAUAUCGGUCGUAUCCUCCCGAUCCUCCAAAGCCCAAUUGCAACCACACCCACCAUGGCAGACCUAAGCAAACUUCCGAAAGAUUUCUAUGUCACGUCCAUGCAGUUCACCAAAAAUGCACACCAAGACGUAUACCCUGCAAUCGAUCCCAGUAGCCCAGAGCAUAGCCUGGCAGGAAAAGUUGCAGUUAUCACUGGAGCUUCGCGUGGUAUUGGAGCCAUGGCCAUGGUACCAGCCUUUGUAAAGGCAGGCGUAAAGGGUGUAGUACUCCUAGCUUCGAAUGCCGAAAAGCUCACAGCUACCGAAAAGUCCGUCAAGGCGUCCAACCCCACCAUCGAAACAUUGACAUAUGCUCUCGACAUCUCCGACACCAAAGCCGUUGAGGCUGCCUUCGAAGCGAUCCGGCACAAGUUCGGCCAUGCGGAUGUCCUCAUCAACGCCGCCGGUGCCAUGACAGGAGAUGGACCGAAACUGCACGACACAGACCCCGAUCAAUGGUGGAGGAACUUUGAGAUCAACGGAAAAGGCAACUAUCUGCUCAUCCGCUCGUUCCUGCGUUUGUUGCCGAGCCCCGAUACACCUGCCAGUAUUGUCAAUGUGAGCUCGUGGCAAGCGUUCUUCACGGUUCCACCGCUCGGCGCAUACUUCAUGUCAAAGUAUAUUCUAGAUGCCCUGGCUACGUACGUCGCUGCUGAGUACCCAAAUGUUACCGCGGUGUCGAUGCACCCAGGCCUAGUCGCUACUGAUAUGCUCCGCGAGCCCUUCCGAUCGCUCUUCAACCAGGAUAGCCCCGAGCUUGUUGGCGGUACUGCCGUUUGGCUGUGUCAAGAGAAGGCCAAGUUCCUGAGCGGACGCUUCAUCGCGGCAAACUGGGACGUGGAGGAUCUGCUUAGCCGCAAAGAAGAGAUUGUGAAGGACGACCUGCUCAAGCUGACGCUCAAAGGCCAGUUUGGAGUAUGAGCAAUGUGAUCAAGUGUAUUGUAAUGAUCGAAUUUUCAAGCGAAGGCUAUCGCCGGACUACGGACACAUCAACAAGUAUUGUCCACCGAUAGUUAUUGGUAGUCCAAUUGUAGAUGCACGCUACUGAGAUCCCUCUUACAUACUAUCCCGGAA